UUAAAAAGAAAUUGAAUUUACUAAGCACAGAACCCUCGACCUCUCAUCUCUCGAACCCUAAUUCCACCUUUAUUCCCUGCAACUUUCAUUCCACCUCUCUUCUUUCUCGACCUCUCCUCUCGAGCCUUAAUUCUAUUUCACAUUUCUCUGCAACCUUCAUUCCAGCUCUCCUCUUCCUUUCAUUCUUCGUUCUUCUUGCAUAUAACUCUCACAUAAAGUUAUAAACACUGAAACAAUGAGAGCAAGUUUCACCAUCUUCAUCCUCUUACUUUCCUUUUUCGCAGGGACACACAACAUAAGCUUCUCUCGUUUUCAUUUUCAACCGCUCUCAAAACCUCUAAAAGCAUCUCGGUAAACCCUUUUCCUUUUUCUUCUAAUUUUCUAUGUUCAAAUAUUUGUAUAAAAAUGAUGAUAUUUAUCUUAAAGAGUUGAACGAUCGAUUUUCUUAAAUCACCAUCGUCAACUCUUCCUGCACGAUCGGUGGAACUCGAUUAGGGUUCCAGAAUAUCAUCUGCGUCUCUGUGAGGAUAAGAAAAUUUGGGUUUCUGAGAAUAAAAAAAUUAGGUUUUUUGAGGACAGGAAGGAAGAGAAGUGGGAAUGAAGGAAAUUUUGGGAUAAAAUCAAGAAGGAGGAAGAAAAAGGUGGUGAUAAUAAGUUUAGAGGCAUUCAUGAGGGCAAGGUUAAGGAAGAAGACACUGAAGGUGUCCAUGGCUCAACUUCUUCCAAGGACACUGUAUUUGACAACCAAGGUUGUUGGUGUCAGUGCGUUUGCAGAUGCAGGAACUCAUCCGAGGAUAUAUCUUUGGCCGAGGUCUUUCCUGCAGCUACAGAUUCACGCUAUUUCCGUGACCUUGGAUUACCAGCUAUUGGAUUCUCAUCUAUGGCAAACACCCCUUUUCUACUCCAUGACCAUAAUGAGUAUUAUCAAUAUUGGUCUGCAAGGUCUUGUAUACUUCUUGAUUCUCAUUGGUUGGAUUCUUGUUGCUGGCACAUUUAUACUUUGUGCUAUAUUUCUCUUUCUUCACAAUGAUGCUAAGACCUUCAUUAUUUGCCAACAACUCAUGACAACUGCUAUAGUAGUUCCUGCACCAUUCUACCCCUUGAGCGGGUCCGAAACAGUCCCACAGGGCACAUUUUGGAGCUAAGAAAGCAGAUGGUGGAGGGCAGAUAUUUGGAAGAAUGUUAGGUGAUUUGCCAGAACCUUCCAAUACUGCCGCAGGAUUAGAGAACCUGGUUGAAGUUUCAUCUGUUCCUUCCAAAUUGAUUUCACUAAAGCUCCUUUUCUUUGAUGGAGUAUUUGUAUUUGUGCUUUCAUUUUCCUUUUGCUUUCCCUUGCCUUUUUCUUUUCUGUUGCCAACCUCCUUUUCAGAUUGCGGCUCACCAUUAGGAAGUGGAAAGAAUGAAGGCUCCUAGCCACUCAGUCGACAAAACACUCACUCAACAAUUUCACUUAUCUCUCCUUUCCCAGACCGUUAUUGUCUACAAUUAAAUCCCAAACUGAUUUUGAGGCUUUUUCGAAUACAGAAGCUCUACAUGAAAUAAAUAUUGAUGUAAGAAAAAUACAGAAGACCAGAGAAUCAAGUAGCA